AUGAUUGCUGUAAGAUGCGGCAUCGUUUUUCUUGCAAUCCUUUUUGGUGUGAAAGGAACAGAAAAAGAUCCUCAGUGGGCAAAAAAACUGCAAGAGGUUCUUCAAGCUCGGGAUGAAAGUGUUCCAGUUUUUGAAAAGUUAAAAAGAGAAGGAAAUGCCGCACAGGCUGAAAAACUUAUCAGUAUCCUGGAGCAAUUGCCGUCUCAUCUUGAAGGGAUUGACAACCUCGAUGUAUCUGCCAUAGAAGAGGACAGAAGUCUGCUUGGAGAUCUGAAGAGACUUCUAGAUGAACCAGAAAUUCCCGUUGUAUCAAAGUUUUUUAAGAGCAAGAGCCUUCAGACAAAUUAUCGAGAACGUGGAUUAGGUUUCAUCCUAAGAACGCUUCGUGCUCAUUACGACUAUCGCUGCAUCACCACUCUUCUCAGUCCGUCCCAAGGGCCACCAGCAAGUGUGGCCAUACCAAUAGAAACCAUGUGUUCUCGAGUAAAAGAAGACCUCGAUAAGCAAGAUGCUUACACCUUUUCAACAGACAAAAUCUGUAAGAACGUUAAAUUAUGCUCUGGAUCCGAAACUCCUCAUCCUUAUGGUGACUCCGAUGGUACUAACGUGCAAGAUGCAUGUGUUGAUGACAAUAAAUGUGAUGUUGCAACCGCCAUCCCUAUGAUGGGUACCUUGCUGUGGUACAAAGUUAGCACUUUCAUAGCGCGUAGCUUUUGUAGCAAUUCUCUGAGUAGACCCGACAAGUCAUCUUUGGAAGCAGAUCUCAAAGAGAUUGACAGAAUGGGACAAUUAAUUUUGGCAUAUAGCAGCACCCUUUACUGGGAUGAUUUCUUUCGAAAAGCAGUUGAAGUACGGGCUUUUUCAAGUCUGCCAGAUGCCAUGGCACUCGUGGAGGAGAGAAAAAAUGCCAUGUCUUAUGUUUCUCUGGCCUGUAUUGAUUUACAAGCAGAAGACAUGUGUACCGUCGGAAGUAUUUCAAAACUGUUCCAAUCAUUGAAGAAACUCAAACUGGACCGAGACAAUCCUCCUGCCACCCGUAACUUGCGUUUGUAUUCCAGGAUAGACAACCAAGAAAUGAUAAAACUACAGACUCAAACUUUGCAGCACAUUGAACUUUUAGGAAACAUCCGAAACUUAGACGAAAAUUUGCAAACUGCUGUGGAAGGCAUUUCCGGGUAUUUCAAAGGCCUUGCAGAGUACGACCAAGGUAUUGCCCAGGCGGACGUUACGUUCCUUAAGGAUAAAUUGAAGGAGUUUGACACUAGGGCUGGCACUCUGUCUGAGAAGCUGGAUGGAGAUGUAAAAGGUGCCAUGAUAGCUUUGGUAACUGCUCAGGCCCUCCAAGUAAUAGAAGAAAGUACAAUUUUGGGACUUAAGAUCGCUGAGCAUGCCAAUGUAUUGAAGGUAAUCUUUGGCGGAUUAGAAGCAGGUGAUAUCUAUGAGCAGACAGCAGAGGUAGCAAGGGCUAUUGCGGAAGCAGCAAGAGGAAUUGCUUUAAUGGUUAAUCUUGCAAGCGUGUACGACGACUUGUCAGCACUGGAUAAAGACUUCAUAGAUAACGCAGAUCAGAUUGCAAACCUUUACGACAUGGUGGAAGCAAUUAAGAAGAACAAGAUCGAGGACAUUGGUUUUGAUGCAGAUAGGUUUAUCAAGGGCUACGGGGAUUACACGCCAAAAGUUUCGAAGGCUCGGCUUGCUCAAAAUGAUGCUCUGUGGGCAGCGUUUAAGGACUCGACUUGCGAUCUGUUGUUCAGUGCUCAAGGUAUUGGUGCCUCUGCAACUCAGGGUGUGGUAGGAGGAAUGCUUUUGUGUGAAAAACUGGAAGGAACUUUGGCUGAAUUUGCUGCCCUGAGAGAAAAUAUUUUCGAUUUUCAAUUUGACCUCGUUGAUGCCCUAGCUCGCGUUGUUCGGGGUGAAGUUGCCAAGAAGCUUUCAGAAUCUAUUACAGUUUCAAACGAUCAUCUGAGCGCAAGUCAGCUUAUGCUGGGCUUUUUUAUGGCACAAUACCGUCUUCAAUCACAUGCUGCUUUGUACUGCGAUAAGUUGGAGUACCUCAACCAAGGAAAGAAAAUCGGCGAGUGCACCUCGACUGGAUUCUUUACGAAACAUACCUUAGACACUCUUAUUGCCUACGAACCAAUCUCAACAUUUCACGAGGUUGAAAGAUUUGUAUACAUACCAACUCGUCCUGAGAACGAUUUUGAUACGGGCUUUAUAAAUCUGCCUUCUCUGGCAAAAGGGAACUCUGUUACCUUCCGUAUACCAGCGCGGCGAUCAUGGUUACUUAGAUAUAACUGGCUAGCGAGUGGAGAGAAUUUGGCACCAUUUGUGCAGAGUUUCAAGGUGUACCUUCCCCUUAAAGAAUACAAAACGGGAAGUGACAAAGAACAUUCAGUAACCCGUAUUGAACUGAGGUCUGUCGCAGGCAGCUCAUUCUCUGAAACAGGUGAAGUCGUAUACAACGUACCUUUCGCCGACAGCAUCUACGUUACAACCUACAAUGAAGGAUUUGAUCGAUGCCCAAAUGGGAAAGAAAUAUCCAAUCCAUACAGCCUCUGUGACAAUCUUCCCGCCGUCUGUGAUACCAGUACCCGGGUGACGCCCGAUCCCGCAACACUUAUGCCCACCGUUCUAUCAACAUGGAAACUCAACUUCACCAAAAAUUCGGGGGAACAAAUCUUGACAUGGAACGCGCCAAAUCCUGCCACGAAUCUUCUAAUCAUUGGAAAAGUCAAGCUUCGUUUCCUUCCCCAAGUCAAGAAAAGGCGCAUUAUAGGGCGACUCAGAGACGAAGCACCGGAUGGGUGUUGCUCAGGGAAUGCUUACCGCUCAGAGUGGAGAAACAGAGCCUGUACGUCUUGCCCUUCCCCCACCUCAUGUCCAUCUCCCAACCCCAAUUCAUGCCCAACAAAAUCAGUCGUAAAUUUAAGAGGAUAUUAUUGUGAAAAAGGAAAUGAAGAUGUGGCGAAGGAACCAUCUAGUAGCUAG